GGUCCCGCCGCCGCCGCCGCUGGCCAUGAGCUCCACGCAGUUCAAUAAAGGCCCCUCCUACGGGCUGUCCGCCGAGGUCAAGAACCGGCUCCUGUCCAAGUACGACCCGCAGAAGGAGGCAGAGCUCCGCAGCUGGAUCGAGAGGCUCACUGGCCUGUCCAUCGGCGCCGACUUCCAGAAGGGCCUGAAGGAUGGGGUGAUCUUGUGCACACUGAUGAAUAAGUUACAGCCGGGCUCCAUCCCCAAGAUCAACCGCUCCAUGCAGAACUGGCACCAGCUGGAGAACCUUUCCAACUUCAUCAAAGCCAUGGCGAGCUACGGCAUGAACCCCGUGGACCUGUUCGAGGCCAACGACCUGUUUGAGAGCGGCAACAUGACGCAGGUGCAGGUGUCUCUCCUCGCCCUGGCGGGGAAGGCCAAGACCAAGGGCCUGCAGAGUGACGUGGACAUUGGCGUCAAGUACUCGGAGAAGCAGGAGCGGAACUUUGACGACGCCACCAUGAAGGCGGGCCAAUGCGUCAUCGGGCUCCAGAUGGGCACCAACAAGUGUGCCAGCCAGUCGGGGAUGACGGCGUAUGGCACCAGAAGGCACCUCUAUGACCCAAAGAACCACAUCCUGCCCCCCAUGGACCACUCUACCAUCAGCCUGCAAAUGGGCACCAACAAGUGUGCCAGCCAGGUGGGCAUGACAGCUCCUGGCACCCGGCGUCACAUCUAUGAUACCAAGCUGGGCACCGACAAGUGCGACAAUUCCUCCAUGUCCCUGCAGAUGGGCUACACGCAGGGCGCCAACCAGAGUGGACAGGUGUUUGGGCUGGGCCGGCAGAUCUAUGACCCCAAGUACUGCCCACAGGGUCCCGCGGCUGAUGGGGCUGCCCCGGCCGGUGACUGCCCAAGCCCUGGGGAUGCCCCGGAGUAUCCUUCCUACUACCAAGAGGCAGCAGGCUACUGAGGCACCCGACUGGGGGGGAGGGGAUGUCUCCCCACACCUGACUUCCUUCUCUGUUUUUUUUUUCUGGGGUUCCUCCUUUUUUCUAAUUUUUUUUUGGUUUUGGGACCACAUCAUCUGACUAUGCUCUGGGUUUACUUCUGGCUCUGUGCUCAGAGAUUGCUCCUGCUGGGGUUCAAGGGGACCAUAUGGGGUGCUGGGGAUUGAACCUGGUUAGCUGCGUACAGGGCA